AUGAAACAAGUGCAGUUUGAAUGCAGAAGGGCGUCAAAGGUAAAGAGGUGGCUAUAAAUCAUUGGUGAUCUAGGCAGGUAUGCCCAGGAACAAACAAGGGGGAGUUCUUGAUACAAUUCAUAACCAUAUCACUGAUCAAACUAAGCAGAUGGACUUUGGAAUCUGGAUUAAGCUCAAACAGGUUGUAGAAAGGGAAGUCUCUUGGAUGCUAGCAAUGGUGAUUGGGUUGGGGUUCUGCCAAUCAAAUGACCUACAGUAUGUUUCAGUGUAAAAAGGAAAAGAUUAGCCACUGAGGCCACACUUGCCAUUUCCAGGAGCCCCAGAGCGCUUGGCUGUUGGACAGAUCCAUGUAAGUAGCUACGUCUAGGAGACUCUUCACCACUUUCUCCUUUAAAAUCUCUGUUAAAUGGUGUUGGCAGACUGAACUGAACAAGUUUGAUGUUAUAGGAGUAUGCACAGCUAAAUUCUGGGUGUGAUAGGCUGCAAAUUAAGAAAAGGGUGCCUUAAGAGGCAAAUACCAUAUUUUUUGCUCUAUAAGACUCACUUUUUCCCUCCUAAAAAGUAAGGGGAAAUGUGUGUGCGUCUUAUGGAGCGAAUGCAGGCUGCGCAGCUAUCACAGAAGCCAGAACAGCAAGAGGGAUUGCUGCUUUCACUGCGCAGCGAUCCCUCUUGCUGUUCUGGCUUCUGAGAGUCAGAAUAUUUUUUUUUCUUGUUUUCCUCCUCCAAAAACUAGGUGCGUCUUGUCGUCUGGUGCGUCUUAUAGAGCAAAAAAUACGGUAAUUUCACCCAGAGGCAGAGACCUACCAUGAUGUGAAUUUUCUGCUUAAGCUUGGAGAGAAAGGAGAGGGGGAGAGUAAGAGAGAGAGAGAGCGCAGACCUGUGGACUCAGUGCUCUUCAGGCAAGUUUCACUGGAAUUAACAGGAACCGGGCAAGUCUGGGUGUGACCGCAGCCCCCAAUGAGUUCACCAGCGCUUCUUCUGAAAAACCUCCAAAGCGGUUUUGUGCCUGUAAUCGCAGUGUUGCCAGAUGCUGGCCUGUCACUUCAGAUCACUGAGUCUCUCUAGUCCUCCAUUGUGCAUAAGCAAGAGACAUGUUUCCCUUCAAGGCUUCAAGUGUGGAAUGGAUGCUGUCGAGCUGCAGAGGUGGAAACGGUUCAUUUUCCAGCUUCCACGAUAGCUGGGUCUACCUCUGCUGUUGGAGGCAGUAUGCAGGGAAUUGCCAAGGAUUAAGAGAGCGCUGUUGCGUUCAUGUCCUGCAUGUGGGUUUCCUCCAGGCAUCCGGUUGGCCACUGAGAACAAGAGAGCCAGGGUGGUAUAGCAGCAGAGUGUUGGACCAGAACUGAGGAGACCUGGGUUCAGAUUCCUGCUUUCAGCCAUGAAGCUCACUGGGUGACCUUGGGCCUAGUUAUCUCUCUCAGCCUAACGUACCUCACAGCAGAGGCGCCAGCUCAUGAGUGAGGGGGGGGGGUCCAACGUUACGCGCAAUUGAUGAUCCAGUUCAAAAAUCAUGCAGUAAUUGUUUCUGAGCUGGUGGCUGUCGGAAGCGGGUGCCAGGAGCAGGUCAGCAAUAAGUCACACAGCAUCAAUGAAGUUAACUCUUUAUUCAGUAAAGCACGGUCAGCUCAGGAGGCCAGGCCUAAUGAGCACAGCCACUCAUCCCAGCAGAUAUUGCCUCUAUGAGGCAGUUGUGAGGACUGCCUUUCCACAGUUGCCUAAGUCUCUUCCUCCCCCAGGUCCUUCCCAAGCAAUCUGAGACUCUGUCACUGUAUCUGUCUUUGCUCCUCCCUCUUCAUACCUCUUCUGAUUCUGGGAUACCAGGGGAGCUGGUCACAGGAGGAAGGGGAGACACCUCAGCUGUUUCAAUGGCCUGCCUCAUCUCUGUCUCUUGGCCCCCCUCCUCUCCAGCCUCCGCUUCUGCCUCUGAUACUGAACUGCUCUCUGCCACAGACUCUUCCUGCUCACUAAGCCCUGUUACCUCUUCAGCUUCCAACACCUCCUCCCACUCUUCUCCCUCUGUCAACUCAUUGUUGUCCCACCACCACUCCCUGGGCUCUGAGCCUUCUUCCUUUGGGGUUUACCCAGCUGGUGCCUCCCACCACUCCUCUUCAUCCAGCCAUCCCCUGACAGCAGCCUUCAGCCAGCCCAUCAGUAUCAUCUGACCUUGGUGAUGGUUUGGGCUCCUCCAGAAUUUCCACACAUCUUGAGCCUAAUCUAAACGGCUGUCAAAUUGAAACUGAUGAAGUGUUACAGAGAGAGCUGCCCAUCUAAUGACCCUCCGUUAGACAGCAACUCCCUAACCACAUCACACUUUUGGUCUCAAAGACAUGAACUUGUUGGUUAAACCUUGAAGAGCAAAGUGACAGACUCUGCUGGGUAAAGUAGACAGGAUUCCCCAUCUUAGGUCCACUGCUAUUGAAUUGGUGCCAGAUCCAGAGCUUCCAAGCAAAAACAGCAACAGCAAGCCUUCCAGAGCAGCAGGCAAUCUGGGGAAGAAUUUUGCAUUCCAAAAAUCAUGUAUUGGUAUGAAAAGAAAUUUGGGGGCUUGUAGUCCCCUGGAGUAGGGACGCGGGUGGCGCUGUGUGUUAAACCACAGAGCCAAGGACUUGCCGAUCAGAAGGUCGGCGGUUCGAAUCCCCGCAACAGGGUGAGCUCCCGUUGCUUGGUCCCUGCUCCUGCCAACCUAGCAGUUUGAAAGCACGUCAAAGUGCAAGUAGAUAAAUAGGUACCGCUCCGGCGGGAAGGUAAAUGGCGUUUCCAUGCGCUGCUCUGGUUCGCCAGAAGCGGCUUAGUCAUGCUGGCCACAUGACCCAGAAGCUGUACGCCGGCUCCCUCGGCCAAUAAAGCGAGAUGAGCGCCGCAACCCCAGAGUCGGUCACGACUGGACCUAAUGGUCAGGGGUCCCUUUACCUUUACCUUAAUCCCCUGGAGACCAAACUAUACAGUAUAUGGCACUUACUUCCUAGGAGAUCUCCUCCCCAAAGACACCCUGUGAACUCCAGCAAAAGACUGGCAUGGUGUGGGAAAGACCUUAAUCCCUUUCCUCUGAAAAUACCUCUCUCCCCACAAAAAAAUCCCUUCCCCAAAUGCCCCCCCCCUUCCUCAAGUUUCCUCCGAUCACCCCUUGGAGGAUGGGAAGGAUUUUUGCUUCUUUAUGUAACUAUUCAAACUCCCUCCCUGCAAGGUUUGAAGAGCAAACUUAUUGGCAGUUCUCCGCAUAAGUCCAGCUCAGUGAUCCUUCACAGUUCCAGGAAUGCAAAACUGAUGUCACCUGCCGUGGUCCUAUUUAAUUUUAAAGGCAGCUGAGGAGCGGAAUCUGUUUUGUCAAGGCUGGAGGCAGACGGCAGCUAACUGCCUGGUUAAAUUGUCGAGAAAACAACCCAAAAGUACUUAGGAAGUUUAACUGUGUAGCUUUUACGCUACAAAGCUUUGAAGGGGGAAACUUUUAAUCCACCUCUUCUGGGAGGGACCUUCCAAGCUUUUCAACUAGGAACCAAUCAGACCCGGUUUCCUUUCCAGUUGUGGCUGCUGCAGGGAAGGACCUAACCGGGAAGUCUCUGAAAUUCAACAUCAACUCGGCAAGGACGAAAGGUACAAAACUGGCAAUAAGUUGGUCUUUCGGAGUGGCAGUACCCCACACUUUGAAGCGCUCCCUGGUUUCCCUGUACUCUUUUUGGUGCCUGCUGAAAAUAUUUCUGUUUAGGCAAACCUACCCAGACAUGUGCUGUCAUGUGUUUUGAACUGGCUUUUAGCUUACAGUUUGAAUUACAGUAAUUGUUGGAUGUUUAAAAUAAUUGUUUUUAACUGAAUUGGGUUUUGUUUUUGUUUUUUACUGAUGAUUUGAUCGUCUUAUUGUUUUUGCAAAUUGCUUUGGGGCUUCAUUAUAAUCAACCAGUAUAUAAACCUCAUGUAGUACCGUCUAAAUCUAAGCGGUCUGUCUCAAGAGGUUCCUGCUAAACCCCAAAUGCGUGUCCACUCUCUGCUUGGACAAGGAAUUUUAGGGUGUUUCAAACUCACACCUGAGCCUUCUUCCCCGCCUAUUCAAUUUACAUUUUUCUCAACCUAUACCAUUUUAAGUUUACCGGGGGGGGGGGGGGACGCACAAUAUGUGAUCUGGCCAUUUGUCCGCUGCAGAGCCUCUGGCUACUUAGAUGCAACAGAGAGUAAUUCUUCUGUGACACGUUAAAUUUUAAAGUGCCCCAAGACACAGGCUGCAGACACGCUGUGGGAUGUAACAUAAGCAGGCAAGUACAACACUUCCUGUUUGCCCUGAGCAGACACAGAGGGGGAUGUUACUGCAGCCAGGAGGACUUCCUGUCACACCUGGUCUGGAGCAUCCUCCCCCUGCGUGUGACCAGGUAGAUAGGCGGGACCCUAUAAGACCCUGUAAAAGGGCUGCUCACACAGCCAUCUUCCCUUUCUCUCUUUUGCUGCUUUCUUCCGAUACUGAUGUAUUUAGCUGUCUGCUGGCUCUCAGCCAGCAGGGCAUGGGCUUAUAUCCCUACAUGGGACGAACCUACUCUGGUUUCUGUAACUUCAAGCUAAAGCCUGCCUUCAGGGAACCUACUGUGAACUGAAUGUAAGUAAACUUCUUGUUAUACUUUUAAAAGAAGACUGUUGCGUCUUUAUUCUUUUUAGGAGGAAUAAAGGGGGAAUUUACUGGCAUCAAACCCAAUCUGGACAAUCCAGAUUGGAUUGCUUAAGUAAAUUCAAACGAAUCUACUGACUCACAAGUGUGAGUGAGGAAGGAUAAUAUUUAAUCAAUAUAUCCUCUCCUACUAUCCAUGACAUUCCCACGCACGCCACACAUUUAAAGCACUUACCCACCCAAAAAAGAAAACUGGGAACAGUAGUUUACCCCUCAAAGAGCUAUAAUACCCAGCACCCUGGUGAAUGGAAAGGCCAAGAUGGGGAAGAGGUUGUGGAGGGGGCAGAGCUAUCUGGGAGAGGCUGUGGGUCCAAUGGGGAUGUACAGGGACUGUGACUGUAUCCUCCUCUUUUCCUGCCUUCCUUUUUCUCUGGCAGGGCUCUUGCGCCUUUUGGCAGGCAGAAAUUAGAAAGGUGAAGAAGCCCUUCUGAGGAAACCCACCUCCAGCUGUGUUGUGCAUGCCCGUUGUUGUUAAAGGCUCAAGAGUCCUGAUAUAUAUAACAAAGAGAGAGAUGGCAACCGUAACCCAAACCUCAAAGACUUUGUUGUUGUUUAGUCGUUUAGUCGUGUCCGACUCUUCGUGACCCCAUGGACCAGAGCACGCCAGGCACUCCUGUCUUCCACUGCCUCCCACAGUUUGGUCAAACUCAUGCUGGCAGCUUCGAGAACACUGUCCAACCAUCUCGUCCUCUGUCGUCCCCUUCUCCUUGUGCCCUCCAUCUUUCCCAACAUCAGGGUCUUUUCCAGGGAGUCUUCUCUUCUCAUGAGGUGGCCAAAGUAUUGGAGCCUCAGCUUCAGGAUCUGUCCUUCCAGUGAGCACUCAGGGCUGAUUUCCUUCAGAAUGGCAGAGACGCAUAAUAAUGCAAGGGGCUGUAUUUUCCUUGUGUCUUGUUUCCCCAGCAGAGAGCAAUGCCUACAGGACAAGGGAAAGAUGCCCAACCAGAGGGGCGCCCCGAGCUGGGCGAACUGGACGGGAUUCCCCUGGCAAAGGCUACUUGUCAGGAAUGGAGCCGGAUCCAGAGCUUCCAGGCGAAGCCAGAUGACCUGCUCAUUUGUACAUAUCCCAAAGCAGGUAAGAAUUCAGGGACAAAGCUGCAUCCAGUUUGGGAGUUGCAGAAGCACAAAACUCAAGAUUAGUCCAGCAAGAGUCCUAUAUUGCCUUCAGAAAGACGGUUCUGCUAGGUCAGGCAUAGGCAAACUCGGCCCCCCAGAUGUUUUGGGACUACAAUUCCCAUCAUCCCUGACCACUGGUCCUGUUAGCUAGGGGUGAUGGGAGUUGUAGUCCCAAAACAUCUGGGGGGCCGAGUUUGCCUAUGCCUGUGCCAGGUAGACGAUUAUUACAUUCAGCUCUGUGGGUGGUGAUCAUUCCAUGCAUUAAUGUUUGUUCUUUUAAUUUUCAGAGCACAUAUAGGGCUCAGAAACUCUAGGUUCAUCUUUUGUGUGUUUAUUAUUAUUAUUAUUAUUAAAACCAAGUUCCUAGUCCUAGUGAGUUUGAACGCUGUGCUUAAAACCAUGUGUGCAGAGAGGGCUUUAAAGGUCUCUGUAUCUCCCUUUCUUACAGCUAGCAGAAGCAGUAUAAAGUGUGCAAAGUUGGCACAUAGUGGUAAAUAUGCAAAAUCUAUUCAGGAUGCAGAAUAAUUGGCUUGCUGCACUACCGAUUACUGUAAACUUUCUGGGCACAGAUCCACAACACAACUUUGCACCUGCUAGUUCACAGUGUUAGAUGGAAAGUAAUAUGCAUUAGUGGCUGGAGUCACACGGGUGCUGAGCUGUAUACAACAUGCACAGGAGCCCUGUAAGCAAAAGGGGAAAGGGGAUUUAAGUUUUAAAUAGCAGACAGGGCAAGAGAGCUGAGGUCCUGGGCAAAAGACUGGGCCUGAAUAUAUUAAUGCUGAUUUUCCUUCUCUCUCUCUUUGCGCAUUAUGCCAGGUACCACCUGGAUACAAGAGAUAGUGGAUAUGAUCCAACAAGAAGGCGACCUGGAGAAAUGCCAGCGGGCCCCUGUGCAUCAUCGCCACCCAUUCAUUGAGUGGGCACGGCCACCCCAGCCCUCAGGUGACAAAUACAGCACCAUCCAUAUUCCUGUGGUGCCCAACCCAAUCUCUGGGCGGGGAGAGACUUCCAGGGUGCCUGCUUUUACUGUGUUUCCUUGGAACGAAGGUCACUGGAGACUGUGGCAUCUUUAGGAUAUAUGGCUUUACUUGCACAGAUGUGCAACCUGAGCAUAGGCUCACAGCAGGAACACUCCAACAGGUCUUGGCCUCCCCUCUAGGUUUCCAGGGAGCCUCUGUCCCUGUCUUUCUCAAGCUUCCAGCCGAGACAAAACUCACCCCAGACUAGCCCCCCCCCGGCCUCCCCCCCCCCCCGCUUUCUAGGAUGAAAUGGUAUCCAGCCAGGUGAGAUGGGGAAAGGCCCACUCUUCUCCUCCAGAAGCAUCUCCAGUUGUUUCUAUGGCAACACAUCUGGUCUUCACCAACUUCUAGGCAUGUGCAGAUAGGAUGCUUAACAGACUUGGCCAGGGCCCUCAUUUUGAAAAAGAAACCAUUCUGACCAGUUCAGGAGGUUCCCUCUUGUACAGGCUGCCAUGUUGUAGAUACAAAACCACUGGCUUGGUUGGAACCUAUAGGUUUCCUCCAAACCAACCGUUCAAUCCUAUAACAUUAUAAAAUGGGUUUCUCAGCAUAACUACCUUCCCCAGGUCUCCCUGAAAGGCCAAUCAUGUAACUUGAUUUGGAUUUUGAAAUGGAUUCAUUUUUCGCUGUGUUUUGCCCUCCGAAAUGGGACAGGAUGAUCUCCCAUCCCUGUUCUGUCACUAAUGCCUCACUCUUCUUUGAGCAGGGGUUGAUCAAGCAAACGCGAUGCCUUCUCCACGGACUCUGAAAACCCAUCUCCCCGUGCAGUUGCUCCCUCGGUCCUUUUGGGAGCAGAACUGCAAGGUAAGGGAUGGGAAAGGGGGCCUCACACUUUGGGAAGAGACAUCCUUUUGCUUCAUUCUGAGAGGUAGAUCCUAGGGCUAAACUAGGUGCCAUGCUAAUUUUGGAAAGGCAAUCAGCAUGUAUGCUUUUAAAAAUAUAAAAAUAUCAAUAACAGCUGUGAGAUACCCUAAGCAGGACUCCUUCUUCUCCCCUCCAUUGCAAUGUUGCAACAAAAAUGUCUUUCUGAUGCAAAUAGCUUUGCAGAGGCAAUGUUCAUUGGGAUUCAGACCAUGGUGGAGAGCUAAUCUCUCCCUUUCCACUCCUUAUGGUUCCAGCACCCUCAGCACCUGCUCUUUACAUUUUUUAAAAAUGUGCAUAGUAAUUGCAUUUGCAUAAUUAAUUUCAACAUCUGUGGCCCUCCAGAUGUUGUUGAACUACAACUCCCAUUAUCCCUAAUGGUUGGCUACAUUAGCUGGGGCUGAUAGGAGUUGGAAUCUGACAACAUCUUGGAGGGGCACAGGUUUCCCAUUCCCAAAUUUGGACCUUAGGCAGCUCUCUACCACUUGGCUUGUAAACCAGAUUCAACCCAACUGCCAGAGCAGCUACUUCCCAUUUCCAGAUGUUUGUCUGGAUGCAAUGAAAGUCUUUUUGUUGUGGGACGGUUGCACAUGUCCUAUGUGGUUCAGCUGCCACCACGUGGCAAACAGGUAUCUGGACUCCAUGGGGUGCAGCUCAGCCUCUUGUGACCUUUGCAAGAGAAUGGUCCAAGGAUAUAUGAUGUUGUUGCAUUGCUAGGCAGGGUCAGCUCCAGACUGUCUGUAUUCUGCACGAGGGAUUCAGGCACAUACCCAAACAUUAGAUCUCUGCAGUUGUCAGGGUGCUGUCAGCGGAUCCUGGCUGGUUGCCAAGGAAAGUAUAAAGACAAGGAAGAGUUUCUUACUGCCCUUUUUCAUUUCAGUCUUUACAGAGAGAGGCUAGAGCCCAGCCUCUUGGAUAAUGGCGUUGUCCCAAGUGAAUCUCCACCCUGCCUACUCCUGUCUCUCCCACUUCCUCAUUCAUCAUUCUUAUCCUCUCCUCUAUGGGUGCUGCUACGUGUCCUCUGUCUUCGAACUCUUUGCUCUCCUACUUUUAAGGCUUGCCAGGUUCUGGGAGAUGGAGGGUCUGGAAUGCUUUCUAAUGACUACAUGUCAGCCAGGUGUUGCUCUGGCUCUCCCAUGAUUUUCCAACUUUCCCCCUCAUCUGCCUCUGAGCUGUGACCUCCCUCAACCCCCUGUUGUAAAUCUAUACUGUCUUCCUCUUCCUCCUCCCUGGAAGGUUCAGGAUGGGGAGGCGGUCUCCACCAUUCCUCCUCUGCCCAGUCCCUGACAGCAGUUAAAAUAGAUUGAAGUGCUUUUUGCAGUUUGGAAAGUGAUGGGGACAUACACUGCAAAGUUUGGGGUGAAUGAAUGAUCAGUGGGGAAAUGUAUAACCACCAUGCAAAAGGAUGGAUGCCAUUGUUGUAUAACCUCCCUGCAAACAAAUCAGAACAAAUGCUCUGUGAAGACCGUAAGGUGGGUGCUCCCAGAUGACCUGUUAAUAUAUUGUCCAUUCAUCCUGAUUAGUUUUGCGGCGAGCUUAGCAGACAUAGAUUUAGUGAGCAUUCAUUCUGACUUGUUGUGGGGAGGUUAGAUGACGUUGCAUCAAAGCAAGAGCUAGCCCAAACUUUCCAGUACAUUUCCCCUUCUUUUUCCUUAUUGCAAAAAAAUCCAAUAGUUGAGGGGAUGCAGGUUUGUGAUGCAAGACUGAUUGCGGCUGAAGCAGCCCAUAGCAUUUUGAGGACUUUUAUUUGCUGCUGUGUCCAGCUGAGAAGUCUGGGGUUGUGUUUAGGAAAGGUUACAACGCUUCCCUGAGUUGUUGGGCAAGUUGUAGGGAGCUGGUUUAAGUCUAUGAAAAGUGUGUUGCCUCCAAGACAACUAUAAUCAUACAACCUGAAUAUUUCUUUACACGACUGUCAUUAUUUUUGGGUGGCAUUAGGUUUGGAAGCACCCCUUGUCUAAUGUCUGUAUAAACUUUGUGCAAGCAAAAAGGAGUGAAAGAUGCUGAAAAGAGGAUACUUGGGUGAGCUAGAGAAGUCCUACGUCUGUCAUCUUGGUGCUUCCUGGAGAAAAAGCUUGUUAAUGACUGAAUUGUUAGGAUAUUUCCGUUCCACCUUAAAAGGGAGCAGGCUUUGUGAGUCAGAGUCUGCGUAUUUCCUGUUCACAGGAUGUUUAUGUUUUCUGUUGCUUUCGUUUUCUCUCUGGUGUCGCAGACACUAAAGCAGUCAGUCAUGUUUUUCUGUGUUCUGAUCAACGCUGAAUAAACUUGUAAAUAAUGCUCUCCUGGGUGCAACUUUUCGCUGUGCAUUAUCUGCUGAUAGAGCGUGCAUGAGCUCUGGAAUGUGUACAAGAUAUUUUCUAGAAACUCAUGUCGCUGCGUGCCUACGGGAGGUCGAGGGAUCGUCCGGCAGACGGCUUGGGGCCAUGAUGGACUUUAUCUCCCUGGCAGUAUCCCAACAACAGGUUUCGGGCCCAGAUUCACAGCACUUACAGGAGAGUAAGACUGCGACAGACUGCUGAAAGGUAUGUGGAAGAAAAGCGAAAGUGAGGCUUUUCUGUUUGCCGAGGCAAGGGCCUUUGAUGUCCGGCUGGCCUAAUUGGUCUGGGAGUCGAGCCAAACAGGCCUCAUGAUUUAUGAGCUGCUGAGAUAAGACGUCUCUGAAGUGAAUAAGAUUCACGCCUCAAGUAAAAGACUGAGAUGGAUCUUUUACAAUCCUCAGAAGCUGCUCCGUCUCCACCAAAGCUAAAUGGCCACAACUAUCAGACCUGGGCAAGGUACUGUGAGGGCCAGAUGAGAAAGCUUGGAGUGUGGAAUACCAUUUCUGAGGACCCCCCAGCCCCUGUGACAGAUGAAUGGACGGCACAGGACUCAAGAGCCAUGGGGAUAAUUUUGCUCUCAGUAGCUCCUGAAGAGUUAAUCACCCUGGCUGGCAAGGCCAGUGCCCGUGAGAUGUGGGACGGGCUUAGAGCCUGUCAUCUCCGACAAGAGGCUGGGUCUGUGUUGCUUUAUUUCAGAAAGCUGCACAGGAAGCGUUUGGAGCCAGGGGAAGACCUUAGAGCCCAUGUUUUACAUUUGCAGCAUCUCAGACAGGAAUUGACUCAGAGAGGUUUCAAUAUGCCUGAGUCACUGUUUGCAAUUCUCAUCCUGGACUCCCUGGAUGAAAGCUACCAUGCCGUGGCAAGUCAGCUGGCGACCCUCCCUGCGCAAGACCUCACUGCUACAAAGGUCUUGGCGACUUUGCAAAAUGAAUACGAUAGAAGGAAUGCAGCUGAGUCGGCUUGUGCGCUCCAGGGGGAGCAAUGUGGGACAGCAUUCCAGCCUCCAGGGGAGCCAAAGCGUUGGCAGCUGUGAAGUGCUGGAACUGUGGGACCCAAGGUCACACUCAGAAGUUUUGUCCAAAGACUGGAAAUAAACAAAGGAAGAAGCCAGCAGAUGGCAAGAAGCAGAGGUGGGGUGGAAAGCCCAAGCCAGGGAAAAACAAUGCUUUGUUUGCUGGCACAGCCUCACCAAAGGCUAAAGGCAAGUCUGAUGGCCAGGAGCAGGGGGGCAAGCUGCAAAAGCCCACGCCGGUGGAAAACAAGGUUUUGCUUGCUGCAAAGACUGCUCCGAAGGUCAAGGCCAGGUUUGUUGUUGAUUCAGGCUGUACCCGCCAUGUCUCAAAAGACCGCCAUCUCUUUAUCUCCUUCAAACCUCAAGAAGGUGAGAUCCACCUGGCUGACGGAAAGACGUUGCGAAUCGCAGGAGAAGGGACUGUGAGACUGGCAAGUCUGCACACGACCAUCAAAGAUGUACUGUAUGUUCCAGGUGCUGCAGACAAUUUGCUCAGUGUCCCACAGUUGACUGGGCGUGGUUUUGAGAUUUCCUUCAAGAGGAGCGUCUGUGUCAUCAGAAAAGGCAAAGAGGACAUUUUGCAUGCAAAGUUUAUGGAUGGCUUGUUCUGUAUAACUUAUGACGACAAUGGUGCUGUUGUGUCUAAUGUUGAUUCUUGUUGUGUUGCACAAACUAACAAAGUUCUUCAUGCAGGAUGCAUUCACGAUGCACAUCGAAGGUUUUGCCAUCUCUCUUGGAAGGCACUGGCCAAGAUGCCAGAGAUGGUUGAGGGUUUGAACAUCAAACCCUGUAAGUUUCACAUGAAAUGUGUAUCUUGUGCAGAGAACAAGGUGAAGGUUGCUCCAAAAGGCAAGGAGUCUAGCAGGCAGGCUUCCAAACCCUACCAGCUAGUGCACGCAGACCUGGUUGGUCCACUUGCGCCCUCUUUGGGUGGAGCAAGGUACUUCAUGGUUCUAAUUGAUUCUUUUUCCAGGUACAUUCAUGUGUUUAUGCUCGAGCAGAAAUCGCAAGCGUUUCCUAAGUUCAAGGCAUUCUGUGCUUGGUUGGAGAAUGUUCACGGUAAACGUAUUGGCUGUCUGUUUACUGAUCGAGGUGGGGAGUUCACUUCUCAGCAGUUUGAAGUUUUCCUGACUGAGAAGGGAAUCCAGCAUGACUUGUCAACGCCUAGAUCGCCAUGGAUGAAUGGGCUUGCGGAGCGAGCAAAUCAAACAUUGCUGCAAGGAAUGAAAACAUUGUUGCAUGAUGCCAAUCUCCCUGAUAAGUAUUGGGGGGAGGCUCUGUCGAAUUUUGUUUACACUUUUAAUCGCAGAUUGUCAUCACCUAUUGGUUGUACUCCCUAUGAGAAGAUGUUUGGUAAGAAACCCAACAUCAAGCACAUGAGAAUCUUUGGUUCUGACAUGUGGGUACACACCCCACAGAGCAACAAGCUUGGGAAGCGUGGGGCACAUGGUUUGUUCAUGGGGUACGAAAAGGUGCAUACAGGGUAUGGAUGACCAACUCUAAGUCCAUUAAGUUCACAAAGAGUGUUGAGUACAAUCCUAAGUGGGGGGAAAAUGUGGGAAUUUUCCAGAGUUACCCAGAGGAGGAUGAAGGUGAUGUCAAAGAAGCAGCUAAAGCUGAGGAAGCUGCUGAGGAUGAUGAUGAUGAUCAGAGUUCGGAUUCCAGUUCAGUGGGCGGCGCUGCUGCUGAUGUCAGUGACAGUGAUGACACAGCAGACUACAGGAGCGCAAAGGCCUCAGUCAGACCGUCUGAUGCGUCUGACAAUGAACUGGAAGAACCACUGUUCACCAUUGGUCACUUUUCUCCUAAGAAGGAGGAGAUGAGUCCAGAAGACUUGCGUCUAGUACGCAGAUCUGAGAGAGCGACCAAGGGCAGACCUCCAAAGAGAUUUGCUGAUGAGUUUGCUAAGACAGCAACUGCUGUUCUUAGUAGCUCAGAGAAGGCAUGGGAACCUUCAAGCUUCAAAGAGGUUCAGGAGUUAACCUCUAAAGAUGCUGAGCCUUGGCUUAAUGCCAUGAAGGCUGAAGUUGAUUCCUUGAAUAGGAACCAAACUUGGGAGUUGGUACCGGUAGUCCCAGGGAUGAGACUGGUUGGCAGCAAAUGGGUCUUCAAGGCCAAGACAGACCAGAAUGGCAAGGUAGUCAGACACAAAGCCAGAUUGGUUGCCAGAGGUUUUCACAGGUACCAGGACAGGAUUACCACGAGACCUACUCACCCACCGUCAAAUAUGAGAGCAUUCGGCUGAUGCUCAAGAUAGCUGCAGAGGAGAAACUGCAUGUUUCCCAUCAUGACAUUAAUACAGCUUUUUGUACGGGAUUCUGGGGAGGAGCUGUUUAUGCUUCCACCUGAUGGGAUGCAGAUACAGAAGGGAAUGGUCUGUAAACUGCGGAAAUCCCUAUAUGGUCUCAAGCAGAGUGCCAGGUGUUGGAACACGAAACUCACUGAGACGUUGCUUUCUCUAGGUUUUCACCAGGGCAAAGCUGAUCCAUGUGUGUUUGUCAAGGAGGAGGGGCAAAACAAACUGUAUUGUUUAUGUUUUGUUGAUGAUCUUCUGAUGUUUUGGAAGAAUCAGGCUUUCUACCAAAGCACCCUAGCUCAGCUGAAGGAGCACUUUGACAUGAAGGAUCUUGGUGAGGUAUCCAACUAUCUUUCUCUGCAGGUGGAGAGGGACCAAGCAGGUAAUUUUCUGGUACACCAAACACAGAAAAUUGCUGAUGUAUUAACCAGGUUGAAUUUGGUUGAUGCAAACCCAGCAGACACACCGAUGGUGACAGGUUACCAGGUAGACAGUACUGCUGAAGCGUUUUCUGACACAACGCUGUACAGAUGCAUUCUAGGCAAGUUGAAUUUCAUUGCUAGAUGCUCAAGACCUGACAUAGCUGUAAGCACUAACCUGCUUAGCAGACAUGCUAACAAUCCUACUGUUCAGGAUUGGAAAGCUCUGAAGCGCAUAGCCCGCUAUUUGAAAGGGACUAUGCACUACAGGCUGAGGUUCACCAGUCAGAAGACUGGAGGUCUUGAAAUCUUUGCAGAUGCAAGUUUUGGAAGUGACACCACGGAUGGUACAAGCACUUCUGGAGUAUGCUACAUGUACAACCACUGCCUGUUUGACUGGUUGUGCAAAAAGCAGACGACAGUGAGCCUAAGUUCCUGUGAAGCAGAACUCAAUGCUCUGUCAUUUUCACUCAUGGAUUGUGAAUGGUUGAUGCAACUGUUUAAGGACAUCAGAGUUUCUGUGAAAUGUCCUGUACAAGUGUAUCAAGACAAUAGAUCGUGUUUGGCUUUGCUGAACUCGGAGAGUUGCAAGCAAAGGACCAAGUACUUGCAGAUUAAGCUACAUCGUGCAAGAGAGUGUAUUCAGAAAGGACUCAUUCAGGUGUCCUACAUGCCAGGAAAUGAAAUUCCUGCUGAUCUGUUGUCUAAGGUUGUUAACAGAGAACAACUUAAGGUUUACGUACAAAGGUUGCAAUUGGGUUGAACCACAGGUACUACAGGUUACACGGAAAGGGGAGGAUGUUAGGAUAUUUCCGUUCCACCUUAAAAGGGAGCAGGCUUUGUGAGUCAGAGUCUGCGUAUUUCCUGUUCACAGGAUGUUUAUGUUUUCUGUUGCUUUCGUUUUCUCUCUGGUGUCGCAGACACUAAAGCAGUCAGUCAUGUUUUUCUGUGUUCUGAUCAACGCUGAAUAAACUUGUAAAUAAUGCUCUCCUGGGUGCAACUUUUCGCUGUGCAUUAUCUGCUGAUAGAGCGUGCAUGAGCUCUGGAAUGUGUACAAGAUAUUUUCUAGAAACUCAUGUUGCUGCGUGCCUACGGGAGGUCGAGGGAUCGUCCGGCAGACGGCUUGGGGCCAUGAUAGACUUUAUCUCCCUGGCAGUAUCCCAACAUGAAUCUCCUAGUUAAAUGCAUUAAUGUCUCCCAUUUGUCUUCCCCAUUCAGUUCCUUUACGUGGCAAGGAAUGCCAAGGACUGCAUGGUGUCCUAUUUCCAUUUCCAAAGGAUGAGCAAGGUGGUACCUGCCCCCGGAACAUGGCAGGAAUAUUUUGAGACUUUCAUGGCAGGCAAAGGUGAGUUAAAAACAAUGCACCCUUCCCUCCCAAUCUUUUUGAUUCUAGCAAUGACAACACUUUGCAUGUGUGAGGAAGUUAGAAUAAGGAAAAGGCCAGAUGCAGUUGGUGACAGUGUUUAUAAAUUUGGUGGUAAUGUUAGCAGCGGUUGCAUUGUGGUUUUUUUUUGCUCCUGCUGGGGGAUUUGUCACUGUGCCCCUCAUUGCCCCACUCUGUGUCUUCCAGUGGGCUGGGGCCCGUGGUACGAUCACGUGAAAGGCUGGUGGAAGGCAAAAGACACACACCGUGUGCUCUACCUCUUCUAUGAAGACAUAAAAAAGGUGAGCAGAUCAGGAAGGCGGUGGGGCCUCCUGGACAGCAUCCCUUGCGGAGAUCAGACUCUGUUCUGCACCCAGGCAAUAGUGCAGGGAUGAUGUGGAGUGAAUCUGCAUAGGGGAGAAAGUGUCAAAAAGCCUGUCCCAUCUGCCACACCCAGAAUGAAUUGCUGGUGAGAAUCAGAUGGCGGCUCUGUCAUCGCCUCUCCCUCAUCUCUUGCCAAAAGGAAGCAGGAAGAGGCUGCUAGUAAGCUGGGGGUGGGACAGCUCCACAAACAUAUUUGCCUGCCUAUCCUUGGUCCUCUUCCCCCACCUUCAUCUUUUAUAAGCUUUCAACAGAUCCUGUGUUGUGUCUCCAACCCUGGUUUCCAAUCUUGUCUACUUGCCUCCUCCUCCUCCUUGUUCUAUGUUAACGAUACCAGGCCUGUUCCUGCAGACACUGCUCACAUGUCACAGGUACCCUUUGACACUACAGCAGCCUUCACUGUGGCCUAUAACCAGGGGGGACGAGAGGACUCAAGGCUGAGGGGGACUGCAUUUGAGGGAGGACAAUAAUACAGUGACCACAGCAGUAAGCCCUGUAAACAAGGAAUAAAAGCUGUUAAUGUGGUUUCCUUCUGGCUUUUACACUAUUAUGAGGGAGGUCUCCAUGUUGGCCAGUUUGAAAAAAUGGGCAGAUUGUGGAAGAUUUACCAGCAGAUCUGUCUGCUUGGGAUGCCAAGGCACUUCUCCUAAACAUUCCUGUUCUCAGUGCCACCCUGCCCCUUCCUGGCAUCCUUUUUCUCAGGCCAAACCCUGCUGCACUUUCUCCAUCUCCACACAGGACCCAAAGCGUGAGAUCCAGAAGGUGAUGCAAUUCAUAGGGAAGCAACUGGAUGAGGCGACCGUGGACAAGAUUGUCCGCCACACUUCCUUCGAAGUCAUGAAGGACAACCCCAUGGCCAACCGGGCUGGCGUGCCCAUCUCGGUCAUGGACCUGUCCAUUUCCCCAUUCAUGAGGAAAGGUAUGGCUUCUCCCUCAACAUCUUUAUUUUGGACGGUGCCAACUAUGCCCAACAGGCAGAACAUUGAAAUCCCACAAGUCACGCCACCUGAAGGAAACGGGCAUUGUCUUAGAGGGCCCUCCAGACUGAUGUUUGAAUGUUCAUUGGCGGUGGGUUUAUUAAUUGUUCUGCGAUGCUACCCCAUGUUUGCUGUCUGGAAGGGUAUAGUGAGGCAAAACUGGAACAAAAAUGAACCAGAACAUUUGUGGCCUAAAAAGUUGCAGGAUUUCAGUUAUGGAAAAUGAAGCAGUGUGACCACUCCAAAAUGUUUGUGGGCGCACACAGCAUUGAAAGUGGUAUCUCAUGUGACAACAAAUCAUCAUGAAAAUACAGUGGUACCUCGGGUUAAGUACUUAAUUCGUUCCGGAGGUCCGUUCUUAACCUGAAGCACCACUUUAGCUAAUGGGGCCUCCUGCCGCCGCCGCGCCGCCAGAGCACAAUUUCUGUUUUCAUUCUGAAGCAAAGUUCUUAACCUGAGGCACUAUUUCUGGGUUAGCGGAGUCUCUAACCUGAAGCGUAUGUAACUUGAAGCAUACGUAACCUGAGGUACAACUGUACAAGCAGGAUAUCUAAGUCUCCAACCUAUAUAGACUCUUUCUUCGAACAUCCCCCCACACCCUUGCAAAAUCUCUCAUUGAGGGAUUACUGCUACAUCCUAAUGACAUUGAGCGCUGUGAAUAUACCCACCCUGGUAAUUUAUGGGGCAUAAUAGCAGACAGUGCCACUGAAAACUUCUACCCAUUACGCUGAGUGGAUUGUGUGUGUUUCUUUUAUAGGGACAGUUGGGGACUGGAAGAAUCACUUCACGGUGGCUCAGAACGAGCGGUUCAAUGAAGACUACCAAAGAAAGAUGGCUGAUACUACCCUGACAUUCACCAUGGAGCUCUGA